AUGUUAUUCGAUACUCACGACACUGCCACCAGCAAGCACCACACAGCAUUGAACCAACAUGGCCGCGGCGAUGCACGGAGAAGGACAAUGCUCAGUGACUGCACAAUUGUAACAAUGCAUUUCGGCAUUCAGUUCCCAAGUUGUCAGCAGUCACAUCCGCCGUUCUGGCUUUGGACAUUCUCGCGUCUGGUCAUUGUAGCGCUUCUGUUGACAGUCCGUAUGUCGGUCUGGCUGCCCGCCCAGCGGCGUUUUUCCGCCUCCUCUGUGCAUGUAGCUUAA